ACUCUGAUCCUCAGAGCUGCUCAAGCAGACAAAAACGGACACUAUAAAACACGGGUUGACAGAUGGAUUGAGAUAAUUACAGAUAGCAUAUACAUACAUACGCCAUUCUCUCACACACAAUUCUUCUUGUCGAUCGGAAAAAUGGGCAAGGAUUGUAGCACAUUAUUAAUGGGAAUGAAGCUCUUGGGGGCAACAACAUUAAUAAUCUUGUUGUUGACAAGUAGUACUACAAGUGCAAGUUCCAUCAAAAACAAUGAAGAAAGCUACUUGAAUUGGGUGAGAAGAAUGAGUUCCCGCAACCACUCCAACUUCCUCGACGCCAAGAACAAAUUCCACCCCUGCAAAACUAUUAAGGUCAACAAGAACCCUAAACUAGCACACUUCACCACCCUCGACGCCGCCAUUUCCUCUAUCCCUCUCUUCAAUCCUUGUCGCCUACUUAUUUCCGUUGGUCCAGGAACUUACAGGGAAAAGAUAGAAAUUCCGAUGACAAUGGCUUAUGUUACGUUGGAAGGAGCUGGCGCCGGCAAGACUAUAAUCCGAUGGGAUGACACAGCUGAUCGUGUCGGCCCAAAUGGACAGCCUUUGGGUACUUAUGGCUCGGCAACAUUUGCUGUCAAUGCUCCGUAUUUUGUUGCAAAGAACAUCACCUUUAAGAACAAAGCACCACCUCCACCUGCCGGAGCCACCGGAAAGCAGGCGGUGGCGCUGCGGAUAUCAGCUGACAUGGCGGCGUUCAUAAACUGCAAGUUUAUUGGAGCCCAAGACACUCUAUAUGACCACAAGGGCAGGCACUAUUUCAAGAACUGCCACAUUCAAGGUUCUGUGGAUUUCAUAUUUGGAGAUGGACUGUCGCUAUAUCAAGACUGUCACCUCCAUGCAAAGACCAAGAGCUAUGGGGCCUUAACAGCCCAGAAAAGGGAGAGUAUGCUGGAGGAAACUGGAUUCUCUUUUGUGAACUGCAAGGUCACUGGAUCUGGUGCACUGUAUUUGGGCCGGGCCUGGGGCACUUUUUCAAGAGUGGUAUUUGCUUAUACAUAUAUGGAUAAGAUUAUUACCCCAAGAGGAUGGUAUGACUGGGGUGAUAAGCAGAGACAAAUGACGGUGUUCUACGGGCAAUUCAAGUGUUCGGGACCAGGGGCGGAUUAUGGAGGCAGGGUGUCAUGGGCAAGGGAGCUCACCAAACAGGAGGCUGAGCCAUUUAUAUCACUUAGCUUCAUUGAUGGACACCAAUGGCUCACCAAUUUCUAAUUAUUUACUUCUACGUAUUACAACAUAUUCUACUGAGGACAAUGUAACACAAUUAUCAUUCAAGAAUUGAAGGAGAACUGUAUUUAAGUACAUCGACAAGAAGGCUACCUUGUAUGUCCAACUUUAAUAAAAUUUGUACACUUUUCCACCA